GGGGGGCGUGCGCGCUCCGUGUAGAGUCUCCUGGGUGCCGGCCGCCUUGAGGCAGUCUGGCCGCCUGGGCCUGCCCCACUGGCCUGCUCUCUGCGGCCUGUGGUCCGAGCAGGCUAUGCUCCUGUCCAGGGCAGCCGGUCCCCGGUCGGGACCCGGCGGGACGGUCUCGAACCGUCGUCCGAUGCUCCCCGCGCUGAGCCUGUGUGGGGCGGCUGGAGCCGUGCACCCCGUGUGACUGGAGCAGCGAUGGAGCCCGGCAGAGCGUAGCCUUGGUCCAGCCUUUUGUCAAGUUAAAAAACAAGGAGAGGUUAAAGUUGUAUCUGCAGAGCCGUGGGUAGUAUGGGGCUCUAAAUCUUUCAGCUUACUAAAUCUUGGUGUUUAUUCUCAGAUCUCAAUCUGUUUAAAUCAUAGUUUUAGUUUUCAGUGUGCUCAUAAACGCAGAUGAUCAAAAAAAUUAGUUCUGCAUUCAGAUCUGGCUGCAUGCUGACCUCACUUUGUACAACUGAAAUGCUUCUAGGAGAAGAGCUCCCCUAACGGUUUACUUUGUGCUUCUUCCCCUAGUGGAACGAGAUAAUAGAACUUUUUCGUGCUGGGAUGCCUUUACGAAAGCAUCGGUGUCGCUUCAAAAGCUACGAGCGUUGCUUCAAAGCCUCGGAGGCAGUGGACUGUUUACAUGAACUGCUUGGCUCUAAUCAAAACUUUGGUCCAGAAGUGACUCGAAAUCAAACAGUUAAGCUUCUUAAAAAAUUCUUGAAAAAUCAUGUUAUAGAAGAUAUUAAAGGAAGAUGGGGCAAAGAAGACUUUCAAGAUGAUGGCCAUUUAUAUAGAUUUCCUCCUUCCUCACCACUGAAGUCAUAUCCAAAGAAACCUUCAUGUGGAAAGGAAGUCAUUAAAUUUCCAGACUGGAAUGAACCAAAGGCUGGCACUUCCCAAGAACACAUCCCAGUGAAGUCAGUCAUGAUGAACUCUGAGAUGUGGUACAAGAGGCACAGUAUAGCUAUAGGGGAAGUACCAGCAUGCAAACUUGUGUUCCGCAGAGAGGUAACACAAAGAAAUAUAGAAGAGAUAUGGAAAUCCAUGACUUUGUCACGAUUACAAAAGGUUUUGGGUUUGGACUCUCUGGAUGAAGUGUUAGAUACAAAACUUGUGAAUUCAAAUCACAUAGUCCAAAAUGCAUACAAUGUCAAUAAACAAGGCAUUGUCACUUUAGAAGACAAAUCAAAGGAACUACCUCACUGGAUAUUAUCAGCAAUGAAGUGUCUAGCAAAUUGGCCCAGCUGCUCAGAUUUGAAGCAGCCUACAUACUCAGGAUUUGAAAGAGAUGUCUUCAAAACUAUAGUGGACUACUUUGGCCAGACAAAAGAACCUCUUCUCACAUUUCAUUUUUUUGAUGUUUUUGUUAGUGUGUUAGGUCUGCUGCAAAAACACAGCAAGGCCAUAGAAGCUCUUCAGAUAUCUUGUCUCCUGCUGCCACCAGAAAAUCGGAAAAGACUGCAGCUGUUGGUGAGGAUGAUGGCAAGAAUUAGCUUGAACAAGGAUUUGCCACCUCUUUCUGAAUCAGUGAGGACCAGAACCUUGAUGGUUCAGGCAUUUUCCCGUUGUAUUCUCUGCUCAAAGGAUGAAAUGGACUUGGAUGAACUGCUUGCUGCUAAACUAGUAUCUUUUCUCAUGGACAAUUAUCAAGAGAUCUUAAGUGUUCCUUCUGCUUUAAAAUCUUCCAUAGAGGAACAUGUUGUACAGCUACAGAGAGUCCAAAUAAAAUAUGCUGGUGCUGAUACUGAUGUGACGUUUCCUCCUCCAUCAUUUUGUCACCAAAUCAGUACAGAUGAAUUUGAAUACCAAAGGGCAACUGGCACUCAAGAACCACUGGCAGCCUUACUGGAAGAGAUUGCAAUGAAUAAAGAAAUAUCUGUGAAAGAUAAGAAGAAGAAGCUCAAGCAAUUUCAGAAAUCUUAUCCUGAAGUGUAUAGAGUACGAUUUCCUACCCCUGAAACUGAAGCAGUGCUAUUUCCAGAACGAAAUAAACAGAAAGCACCGAUACUGAUGUGGGCCUUAAAAAAGCCUUUUCAACCAUUUCACAGAACCAGAAGCUUUAGGAUGUAAAUGGUCUGAAAAUGUGAACUGAGUAAGAGCAUAUUGUCAAUGGAUCUUAUGCAAAAGGAGCCUGAGCAGCAUGUAGUUACUCCGAAAAACUACCAGAGAUAUUGCUGAGAUGGUGGAAAAGAUCAAAAAAAGAAGCAAGUAUUGAGGUGGUAGAAAUGUGAGCCAUUAUCAGUAUUUUUGUAAAUAAUUAUUUUUUAAAUGUCAAUUAAAAAAAAAGAAAAAAAAAAACAAACAGUGAGCUCAAGGUGAUUAAUCUAAAUGGAUGAUAAAGUACAUUUGCUGUAGUUUGAUUUGACCAGUAUUUCAAGGUCUAAAUAUAUUUGUAUGUAAUGUAUUUUUGGUAACUAGUCAAUAGAUUUUGUUCUCCUGAAAAUGAGACUUGCAUAAAUUAGGCUGUGCUUGUUCAUACAUAGCUUGAGGAAUUAAUUUACUGUACAUGCUUAAAUAAGUAUGAAACACUGGAUUUUGUUUUGCUGUGUACACCAUGGUGUUCCUGAUAUGUAAAGAUUUACUUUGGAAAACUGUAAAAACUCAUUCUUAAUUUUUGGAUUCAUAUGAUGCAUUACAGCUGCCUUCUGUAGUGCUGACCCAUUCUUUUAAGCAAACCAGUCUUUUAAGUCUUUUCCCAUAUGCUCUUACUAAAUAUUGCCAUAAAAAAUUGGAUGGUUGAUGAUAGAACAUAUUUUAUCAGAAAAAUCUGAAACCUGCAUUUCCUCUGGAAAUGGAAUUCAAAUAUCAGAGACAUUGAACCAUACAUGCCUUUAAUGAUGUCAUUUGGUUUGCAUUAUGAAAUUUACUGUACCUGUAACUUGACUGUGCAUAUAGCAUACUUGACUCUGACAGCACUUUUGAACUAUUAAAGCAUUACCAUUUUCCCAUAUUUACUUAGAGUGGUGAUUUCACAUUAUCCAUUAGAGAUUUAAAGAGCAACAUUUCAUACUUUAUUGAAUGUCAGAGUAGGCUAUGCAGGAGAGAAGGUAGCUGACAUCUCAACAAAUGUCUAUCUGACAUUUUAGUAAGCAAUACGGUGACUAUCCUGUAAUGCAACAUUGACAGUAUUUCAGUGAGCUUUAAGAUAUACUUUACAAGGUUGUAUGUUUAAUAGGUUGGAAUAUUUCUUGGUCAAUGUGAUUUUGAACAUUACAUGU